AUGAAUAUUGAAAGGGAUGAGCUGGAUGGUGUCGUUAAUUUCCUUGUACAACACUUGUCCCAGCGACUCGUAGAAGCAAAACUCUUUCAUGGAGUGAAGGAUCGAGUUGAGUCACUUCAUAGGGAGCUCACAUUGAUAAAUAUCCAGAACUCCGAGGGGAGAUGGAGCGAGCAUCCCAUAGUGAAGGAGGUAGUCGAGCAAAUCAGGGAUGUGGCUUUCGAGGCUGAGGAUGUUAUUGACAAAUUCAUUCUCAAGGUUGGAGAACAGAGGAAGAGGAACUGUAUGGGAAAGCUAAUUUAUAGCUUUAACCAUGUAAUAAUGCACUGGGUUGUUGCAAAGAAGAUAGAAGGCCUCAACAAAGACAUCAACAAAAUCUACAGCAAUAAAGACAAGUACGUCAGAAAAGCACUAGUUACUGUAGACACGUCGGAGGUGGCACUCCACAAACGAAGGAGAGAAGUCGAGGAAGAUGACGUGGUGGGCUUCGUUGAUGACUCAAGGAUAUUGGUGAUGCAACUCACUGAUAAAGGGUAUCCUAAUCGUGACGUCGUUUCAAUCAUCGGCAUGGGCGGAUUGGGCAAGACGGUUCUUGCCAGGAAAAUCUACAAUGAAAUCAAGGAAUGCUUUGAUUACCAUGCAUGGGUGUAUGUAUCGCAAGAUUUUAAAACUAGAGAGCUGUUUAUCAAAAUUCUAAAGAAGAUGUCAAUAUCAGAUGAGUUGAGAAGGAACCUUGAAGUCAUGAGUGAAGAUGAACUAAAAGAGAGGUUGUUCCAAUACUUGAGAGGGAAGAGGUACCUUGUAGUCAUGGACGACAUCUGGAAAACUGAAGUCUGGGAUAAUGUAAGAUCUGUCUUUCCUGAUAACUCUAAUGGAAGUAGAAUAUUGAUCACCAGCCGCAUAAAAGAAGUGGGUUUACAUGCCGGUCAGACUUUUGGUCCCUACUUUCUCAAAUUUCUUAACGCAGAUCAAAGCUUGAAACUCUUCCACAAGAAGGUGUUUCGAGGUGGAGAAUGUCCUCCCGAGUUAGAACCUCUGGCAAGACAAAUCGUAGAAGGUUGCCAUGGCUUUCCCCUUUCAAUUGUGGUAUUGGCGAGCAUUUUAUCAACCAAAGACAUGUUAUUCCACAUAUGGUCUAGGUUUGUUGGUCAAGUAAAUCAGAUCCUUACUCAUGAUUCACCAGUAUGCAAGCAAAUACUGUCCUUAAGCUACACCGACCUGUCUCAGCAUUUGAAACCAUGUUUUUUGUAUUUUAGUGUGUACCCAGAAGGUUUUGAGAUCCCUGUAAGGCAAUUGAUUCACCUGUGGAUGGCUGAGGGCUUCAUACAGCAAACUGGUGAUAGGCAUAUGGAGGAUGUUGCUGAAGAAUAUUUGGAGCAGCUCAUUAAUCGAAGUUUGGUCCAAGAUGCUAGCAGGAGGACAGAUGGAGGAAUAAAGACAUGUCGUAUUAAUAAUCUUUUGCGAGAACUCUACAUGUCAGAGAGUGCCGAAGAGAAGUUUCUUGAGGUUUGUACAGAUGUAUCUACAAACAAAUCCCGCAGACUUUCCAUCCAGGGUAGCCCUCGUCGAUGCAUUUCUUCAAACCCCUCUGAUCCUACACGUGCCCAUACUUUGCUGUUCUUUGGCAAAGAUAAAGGUGAAUUUAACUUCAAUACAGAUGCCUUGGAUUGGGUCGUCGAAAACUUCAAGUUGAUUCGGGUGCUUCAUUUCGAGCAUUUAGAACUCCACUCCAUUCCCGAAAGGAUAGGCACAUUGAAGUAUUUGAGGUAUUUGAGGAUAAAUUUAUCUAAUGCAGUAAGUGUACCAGAUUCCAUUGGCAACCUUACGAAGCUAGAGACUCUUUACAUAAAGGGUAAUCUUGAAGAGGGAUGUUUGCCAAACGGGAUAUUUAAGCUGGAACGUUUAAGAAAUCUGUAUCUGAAUGGGAAACUACCGUUGCCUUACCAUGUGGAUCAAGCUUUAUGGAACCUCCAAGUUCUGUCAACCGCAACACUUUGUUGUGAUUUUCAAACGCAAAUUUUGGGUGUUGUAGGGGACAGGUUUCCUCGUGUAAGGAAAUUAAAAAUACGACUUUUGUUAGAAUCGGACAUGAAUGAUCAGGGCAAUGGCCAUGAGCAGAGGGAAUUCGACCGUUUGUCAAGGCUCCACCAUUUAGGCCAUCUGGAAAUACUGAGAAUUGAUAAUUGUCCAAUGCUUCCUACUUCACUUCCAGAUACCAUCACCAAGCUAACCUUAAAAGCAGUUGACUUCGGAGUUGGCGGUGGCUUGAAAGUACUAGGAGAACUUCCUAGUCUUCUUAUACUGAAAAUACAGAGUUGCCCUGUUGAUGAUGGUGGUCUCCACAUCAUUUCAGAUUCGUUUCUUAAACUCCAAGUCCUCAAACUGGAAGGUUUGACCCUUAGAGAAUGGGAACUGGGGACAGGUGCAAUGCCAGUCCUGAGGCAUUUGGUUUUCAAGAAUCUUGGCCAUUUGAGCAUGCUCCCUCGGGAACUACCGAAUUUGACUGCCUUGCGAAAUGUAGAGGUGUUAGAGAGCAACUUAAAUCUGGUAGGGAUGCUUCAGGAAUUGGAGACGAUAAUUGGGUUUAAACUGCUGAUCAUUCCUUCCGUCAGUGCCUGA